AUGUAAGAAACACGCGAACAAUAGGUUCAAAAUCGGUUUCUCCACUUUUUGCAAGAAUUCAGAACAAUUAACCCCUCUACAGGAUAAAGCUUCUAUUACUACCACGAGGAAGCUCGAAUAAUGAGGGACAACGAUCGUACUACAUUAAAUUUGGACUUUACUUCAUGUUACUCAGACUGA